UGCUGAGAAAGAAAAAAUAAACAUGAGUUUAUUUAGUUAAAUUCAACCUAAAAAUGGGAAUCUUCAUGAGCAUAUGCUAAAAAUGCAUAAGAAACUGCGCAAAAUGUUUACGCAAUUACGUCCUGCGCACUGGCUGCUGCUCGCCGUUAUCUUUGCCUGCAGUUGUGUUGUAUGGUUGUGCUCCAAGCGUUUGGAUAUGUAUGGGACCAGGCUGUUGCCAAGCAAACUUACAAGCAAUGCAGCAGGUACGGCGUCGACAGUGGCGACUUUGGAUAAUUACGACUAUGAGGAGCAAUUGGUAGUGCUAUAUAAUCGGGUGCCAAAAACAGGAUCCACUAGCUUUGUGAACAUUGCCUAUGAUCUCUGCAAGCAAAAUAAAUAUCAUGUCUUGCAUAUUAAUGUGACGUCAAAUAUGCAUGUGCUAUCCCUGCCUAACCAGAUUUCUCUGGUACGGAAUAUAACCAAAUGGCAUGAAAUGAAACCUGCACUAUAUCACGGGCACAUAUCUUUUUUGGAUUUCUCUAAAUUUCAAAUCGCGCACAAGCCCAUUUAUAUAAACAUAGUACGUAAACCCUUGGAUAGACUUAUCUCUUACUACUAUUUUCUACGAUAUGGUGAUAACUAUCGGCCAAACUUAGUGCGCAAAAAGGCGGGCAAUAAAAUUACGUUCGAUGAGUGUGUUGUGCAAAAACAGCCCGACUGUGAUCCCAAGAAUAUGUGGCUGCAAAUACCCUUCUUUUGUGGCCAUGCUGCCGAGUGCUGGGAACCCGGCAGUGAUUGGGCCUUAACUCAGGCCAAACGCAAUCUGGUAAAUGAGUAUUUUCUAGUCGGUGUGACUGAGCAAAUGUAUGAAUUUAUAGAUCUGCUUGAGCGUUCGCUGCCCCGCAUUUUUCGGGGUUUUCGCGAACACUAUCAAAACUCGAAUAAGUCGCAUCUGCGUGUAACGUCUUCGAAAUUACCACCCAGUGAGGCGACAGUGGAAACCAUUAUGAAAUCGAAAAUCUGGCAAAUGGAAAACAAUUUAUACGAAUUCGCGUUGGCGCAGUUUGAAUUUAAUAAAAAGAAGCUAAUGCAGCCAGAUAAUAAGCAUUUGCAAAAGUUCAUGUACGAGAAAGUACGACCUAAAUGACCCUAAACUUCAAGGAUAAGACCACAACAUCGCAGCUGAGGUCACAACUGAAGUCUUCAGACUUGUGGCGUCCUUGACAGUUUUGUUUCUACACUGUAUAUAAGCCGUUUUAUUUCAGUCCAACCAAUCAACCAAUUUGUGAAAGACACUAAAGACUUUAGAAUUGAAUAUCGUUGACAUAUGUAUUAAUGAUUUUCUUAGAUUACAUACCUUUAUCUAGUUAGUCUAAGCUUUUAGUAUAACAUUUCGGAACGCUUUUUUAGUUGUACGUGAAAACAUAAGAUAGUAAAAAUUGUAACUUAUCAACAAUACUUAAAGCACAAUUUUUAAGUUAUCUUUUGGGUUUAGUAAAAUGUACUUUUACACUUGACAAUACUACUUAAAGCAUAGGAGGGAUUAAUAGGACGUAGCAGGAAAUAGGUAGAGCUUAAUUUUAAGUGACAUUUAAAACAUAUACACUAUGAAAUCAAUCAAGCAACCCAAUUGUUCCCAUUAACAAUGUCAGUCUUACCACAAGCGUUAAACGUGUAAUAGUAUCCGACAGGGAAACUACAUGUACUCUAAGAUAGGUUUUAAAAGCUGUGGUCCAACGGGCAACUUUUUCAUAAUUUUUACAAAUGCUAAGAAGUCAGAAUUGUAAUUAUAUUAUACAGUCGCCUGAGAUUUAUGUAUCUUGCUUAAAAUGUCUUCUACAUUUUAGAAAAAGGCGUUAAAGUUUAAAUAUAAUGUCUCUUCUGCGACUUCUCACUGCUUUCAUAAUUUUAAUAUCUUUUUAUUUGUAAUUAGACGAGAUUAAGGUGCGCCAAAAACUAUUAUACUGACAUAUUCGGCAAAUUUGUCGCAACAUAAGAAACGCAUUUCUAAUGGCAUUGUACU